AUGAGUGAGGCGAUGUGGUGGAAAGUAAGGGCGUUUAAAAUGGAGGCUUAUGUACGCUCUGCAAUGUUACAGAAUGAUACGUUCGAAGAUACUAUUCGUCAACUUGAAGUGAGCAUGAGCAAUGUGAAACAAGAGUUGGCUUCAAGACUGUCACGCGAAGCUCAAUUAGUGUCACAACUAACUGCGCUAAAGUCGGAGCUAGCAACUACGAAAGAGCAAGCUGCGUCGAUAGCAGAAAAGUAUCAACUUGCUAGUGUAGAGCUCGAAAAGCGACAAGGAGAAGCGUCGACGCGUGGCGAUGAAACGCAACGUACUCGCAUGGCUAUUCAACGUAAAACGGAGCUUUUAUCGCAACAAAAAGCAAAAGUAUCGUCGCUUCAACAAGAGUUAGAACAGGCGUCUAAGAAGCUUGAACGACUGACAACGGCAGAGAAACAGACGGCAGUGCUGCAACAAAAAGCAAAGGAGCACACGCAGCAGCUUUUGCAAGCUCGUCAAUGUUACGAACAAUGUCACAAUGACAACAUUCAGUUGUCGCUCCACUUAGAGAAAACGAAGACCCGUCAUGCGAGUAUUGUGACACGAUUGAAAGCUGCACGAGCUGAGAGCGCGAAUCUCAGGACUGAGUUAAAAAACAGUGUAAAGGUUGGUACUAAAGGGGCCAACAGUAGCGACAACCAAGUUGAAAUGAACGUCUCUGUAGCGUCCUUAGCUGAAGAGACUCGAGCGCUUAAGCGACGAGUACUUCAGAAACAAGACGUGAUAGUAAGCUACAAAGCGAAGCUGACGGAGUAUGAAGCUCAGCUGGAGCGACAACGAGAGACUAUGGUGAAGCUUGCACGUACGAAUCGCGAGCUGCAACAAGGGCAGCGUCAACGACAACAACAAGAACAGGAGUACAUUUCAUCGGUUCAUGCUAAACUUGAGACACAACUCGGAGCGAAGCAAGAGCAGUUGGAUGGUCUACGUGCUUCUGUGUACGAUUCCUUCGAAGCCUUCGUAUACUGUCAGCCUCCGUCGACGACAAACUUUUUGCAAUUAGGCGAUGGACGGACUUUUCAGUCAAUGACCUCGAGGAGCUGA